AUGGAUGCUCUAGCAUCUUGCACCAGGCGAUUGAUGCAAGGCGCGCCCUUUUGUGGACGCACUGCAGGUGGUUCUGGUGGGAAUGAAUCCUUCGAUAAUCUUGUAAUUCAAGCUCCACAGCUGAUGAGGGAGGAUUACAUACAGAAUGCUGUGAAGUUUCUUUCACAUCCGAGAGUGAAGGGUUCUCCAGUAUUUCACAGGCGUUCCUUCCUGGAAAAGAAAGGCCUUACAAGUGAAGAAAUUGAUGAGGCCUUUCGUAGGGUUCCUGACCCUAAGACAAAUGGAACUGAUGCUGCGGCUGCUAGUACACAACAAGCAAACAAUCCCAGUCAAUCUGUUGCGCUGCAGCCUUAUACAGAAGUUCAACCACAAACAGCUACUACCUCUGCCACUGUUGGACCUAUUGCCCCACAUACAAAUGUGCAGUUUAGCUGGGUCCACACACUCCUUGGUGCAGGUCUUUUUCUUGGAUUAGGGGCUAGUGCUGCUAUAACCCUCAAGAAAUUGUUCAUCCCUAGUCUAAAAUCUUGGACCCGUAGAGUUGUUGCUGAAGGAGAUGAAAAUGCAAACGAUGAACUUGCUUCCAAACUUUGUGAAGAAAUUAGGGAAGCCAUAAAAGUUUCUACGUCAGCCUUUUCUGAUACUGCUAGAACAAACCAAGAAGUGCUUGCUUCAAAAGAUGAAGAUAGGAAGGUGCUUAUGAAGUUAACAGAAGCAUUUGAGUCACAAGCAAAUGUGUUUAAAUCAUUGAAUGAGACCUUAAAUCAUAUCAGGGAUAAUCAGUUUUCACGGCGCAACCAAUUGGAAGAGCAUGUUCAGCCUGCGCCAUGGAAUGGGCCAAUUGACUAUCAAGGGAGAACUUUUCAGCAAACUAAUAUGUAUGCAACGCCACCAAACAACAGUUUUGACCCAGGGAGGAACUCAUUCAUGCCAUUAGCUGCUGAACCUUCUUAUGGACCAUUUCCAGGAUCCUACUCUGAGCAGCGUGUGCAGAGGCCCGGUGGGUACGGAUUCCAGCCGCAGACAAGCAACGAGCGAUUGAGCGCUGGCACACGGGGCAGCUACCAAGGGGGUUCUUCUAAUCACCAUGCUGGUAAUGCCAUGGAUGACCCCGCAGCGGUUGUGGCAGAAUUCCAGCGCCGCUGGGUUCCCCCGCAGCCACCGGAUGUCAUCAUGCCAGAGGCUGCGGCGGCCAUUCGGCAGGCCAGGUCGGCUCCAAGGCAGGAGCCGGGCGAUGGGCGCCUGAGUACUGAUGUUCCGAGACCAUCUGAGCCUGCCAUGGCGACAACAGAGCACGUGAACCCCGACGCACCUGGCGGAGAGUUGCCGAGCGAUGGUGGUGCCAUGAUUGCUAAUGCCAGCAGCGGUGGUGGGAGUGAAGACCAGCAGCAGGAAGCCGCUUGA